AAGCCGUUUACUAUCUUCCGUCGUGCACGGUUUCCCUUAAUGCCGAGGUUUUUAGUUUUGGUCUGGCGAUUAUUUUUGCAUAACUAGAGAAUGAGAAGAAAAUGAUACGUUUGUUGCUUUUCUUGGCGACAUGUCUACUGGCAGAAUGUUCAGCGCUCAGCGAGGGCGAGGUGGUGCUAACAGUAUCAAAGGCAGCGUUGGAUAGAGAGCGCUCAGCGGCAGAUUCGUGCAUGCAGGAAAUGGAGGAUUCAUAUCCUAUGGGCCCUCUCGUGCCAUGUGAUUACCUACCUGAAGAGUUCAUCGAAUGCAGUAUGCCAGAAUUAGCUCCUCCGACACAUAAUGAUACAGCUGAUACCGGCUAUUGCACAAGAUUUGGAGGACAAAAAGCUGAAGAUAUGGAGUGGACUCAUGUUGCUUGUCGAGCUCUGCCCUGCAUUGAAUGUAGGGGACGACGGCAUUUCUUAAAACGAGUGCCCUGCAUCAAGUAUACAGGACAUCACUUCCUGUCAACGCUUUUAUACUCCGUAUUUCUUGGAGUUGUCGCCGUUGACAGGUUUUGUUUGGGUUACUCGGCAAUUGCGGUAGACAGUAAGUAUAACAUCAGUAAUGUUAUACUGAUACCGAAUGUCCAUAGAAGAAUGAUUGGAGGUCUUUUCCUUUACAAUCAUAAGGGCGAAGUGUUGAUUUGCCGGAUAUUCCGCGAUGAUAUCACUAGAGACGCUGUCAAUGCAUUUCGGGUCAAUGUUAUACAUGCGCGGCAGCAGGUGAGAUCUCCCAUCAACUUGAUUGGGCGGACAUCAUUUUUUCAUCGAAAAUGUGGAUCUGUAUGGAUGGUCGCAGCCACCAGGCUGGAUGCGAACGCUGCUGCUGUUUUUGAGAUAUUACAAAAACUUGCUACAACAAUGGCUGAAUAUUUUGGAAAAAUUACAGAGGACAGUGUUCGCUCGAAUUUCGUGCUUAUUUAUGAACUCCUCGAUGAACUUGUCGAUUUUGGUUACCCUCAGAUGACAGAUGCAGCGGCUCUGAAGACUUACAUAACACAAACUGGUGUACGUGGUGUGACCAGAGAAGAACAGCAACAGAUCACUAGUCAGGUGACCGGACAGAUCAGCUGGAGACGUGAAGGUAUAAAAUAUCGUAGAAAUGAGCUUUUUAUUGAUGUUGUGGAGUGUGUCAAUCUUUUGAUGAAUCAACAAGGCCAAGUUUUAUCGGUCAAUGUUGCUGGUAAAGUAUUGAUGAAGUCUUUCUUGUCUGGAAUGCCUGAAUGUAAAUUCGGAAUCAAUGAUAAAAUUACGCUGCAGCAGUCGAGUUCUAGAAAUCAAUAUGAUGAUCCAAGUAAACCUGCUCGGACGAUGGUUGCCAUCGAUGACAUUCAAUUUCAUCAAUGUGUUCGACUAGGAAAAUUCGAAAGUGAUCGAGCGAUCUCGUUUAUUCCUCCGGAUGGAACCUGUGAAUUGAUAAAAUAUCGCACCACGCAAGAUAUCAAGUUGCCUUUCAGAGUCAUUCCUUUGGUAAAGGAAGUGAGCAAAUCAAAGCUAGAAAUCAAGGUCGUGCUCAAGGCUGAGUACAAGCAAAACCUUGUUGGGCAGAAGAUAGAGGUUCGCAUUCCAACACCGCCCAAUACAUGUGGCGCGAAUCUGUUGUGCAUGAAGGGAAAAGCGAAGUACAAGGCAGGUGAAAAUGCCAUCGUGUGGAAGAUCAAGCGGUUGGCGGGUGGUAAAGAAGUUCAAAUUUCCGCUGAAGUUGAUAUACUUACUGUUGGAGUGCAGGCUCCGAAGCGUUGGGAUCGACCUCCGGUCAGCGUCAAUUUCGAGGUUCCAUUCGCACCGAGUGGGUUCAAGGUUCGCUAUCUGAAGGUUUUCGAAUCUAAAUUGAACUACUCGGAUCACGAUGUCAUCAAAUGGGUGCGCUACAUGGGAAGAUCUGGCUUGUAUGAAACUAGAUGCUAA